AUGCUGACGACAGCGCUGAAAACGUGCCGCCCGGUACGGCAGAUCCGCUGGAUGAGCAUGGACGUGAAAGCAACGCAGUUUAAGGUUGAGCUACUAGGCGGAAAGGAUACAGGCAUUGCGCUAUUUACAAUGGACCGCCCCGAGGCGCGGAAUGCACUUGGUCGUCAGUUUAUGGCCGAGUUCCGUCAGGCGCUGGAUCAGGUCCGAUAUGAUCCCAAGGUGCGCGUCGUGAUCAUGCGUAGCGUUGUGCCUAAAGUAUUUUGCGCUGGUGCAGACCUGAAGGAACGCUUGAACAUGGCGCCGCAGGAGGCAGCAGCUACUUCUCGAGGUUAUCGCACAGGAUUUACUGACCUGGAGCAACUGCCAAUGCCAACAAUUGCUGCCAUUGAAGGGGCAGCACUUGGCGGAGGUAUGGAGAUCGCACUUGCCUGCGAUCUCCGCAUUGCUGGAGCCAAGGCGAUUCUCGGAUUUCCGGAGACGUCCCUGGCAAUACUUCCUGGGGCUGGUGGUACCCAGCGUGCAUCUCGUUUGAUCGGAAUUGCAAAGGCCAAGGAGCUCAUCUUCACCAGUCGUCGUCUGAACGCUGAAGCUGCCAAGAAGAUUGGCCUUGUUGACUACGCUGUACCCGAAGGCAAGGCCUAUGACAAGGCACUGGAGAUUGCUCGUGAGAUUCUACCCAAUGGACCUGUUGGGAUCCGCAUGGCAAAGGAAGCGAUAAUGAGGGGCUCCGAAGUAGAUAUUGCCUCUGGUAUGGCCAUUGAAAAUGCCUGCUACGCGCAGGUAAUUCCAACCAAGGACCGCAUCGAAGGACUGGUGGCUUUUAAGGAGAAACGCAAGCCGCAGUAUACAGGCGAAUAA